GAGGAAGAGGAUCGGGCCCGGCCGGGCCAUGGGGCUGCUGAACUUCACGCGGGAGCCGGUGCCGGAGGCGGUCAGCGCCGACAUGCAGCAGCUCAACCAGCUGAGCGCGCAGCAAUUCUCCGCUCUAACUGAAGUGCUUUUCCGAUUUCUCCGAGAACCUAAAGAGGUUGAAAGGUUUCUAGCUCAGCUCUCUGAUUUUGCUGCCACAAAUAAAAUCAGCCUCGGUCCUCUGAAAAGCAUUGUCAAAAGCCUGCUGUUAGUGCCAAAUGGUGCCCUGAAGAGAAGUCUGUCUGCUGAGCAGGUUAGAGCAGAUUUUAUCACGCUGGGGCUGAGCGAGGAGAAGGCCAGCUAUUUCGAAGAGCAGUGGAAGGAAAAUUCUCCCGCCCUCUCGCGUGUGGCUGUGGGGCAGACGCUGAUGAUUAACCAGCUCAUAGACAUGGAGUGGAAGUUUGGAGUUACGGCAGGAAGUAGUGAACUGGGAAAAGUGGGAAGCAUCUUCCUGCAGCUGAAAUUGGUGAUUAAGAAAGGAAGCCAAGUGGAGCCAGUGUACAUGGAGUUAACGCUGCCCCAGUUUUACAGCUUUCUUCACGAGAUGGAAAGAGUUAAAACCAGCCUGGAGUGCUUCAGCUGAACUGCGGUUGGGUUGAUGCUUAAACUGCAGGCGGGCUGUGCGGAAACCAGGACAGGCUGGGCAGGAUCUCCCAACUUCUGCUUUUCUCAGCCCAGAAGUUCAAACUGGAAAACGUGACCGGCCCUUACAUUUAUUUCAGUCUGGCCCACUCAUGUUCUAAAAACCGUCGGGGGAAGAAAAUGCCCUGUAAAAGCUUUUCCGAGUCCAGAAUUUGUGUGGCUGGAGAUGUAAAAGGUUUGUUUGGCAUACGACGGCUAUUUUGAUGUCGAAAGAAAAUCCAACUAGCAAAAAAAAUAAAAUGUUGAUCUCCUUUUGAAACUA